AUUUUCCCCUCGACGGCGACAGCUGCCGCCUAUUUUAACGCAUUUGCCUCUCUCAAUCCAACCGUAUCAACUUCUUCACAGUUGACCGGGGGUCCAUUGGCCUCUGUAAUCACAAGUUCAAUUGGUUACACUGAAGCAAUGGCAGCACUGGCAGCCUCCGGUCUGUAUUCAUUAUCUCCGUCGAAUGUGGCUGCGGCACAUACAAGUAAUGUUGGUUCUGUUUCCGCACACAAUAUUCCGUUCGGACAACGCAAUUCACCGAUCAAUUCCGCUCCAGAUCCGGUGAGCUUCGCCAGGGACAUAAAUAGUUCUCAAGCCAAUGCUGCAAUGGUUAAUGCGCUUGCACAGCUACAAUCAGGAGGUAUGGCAAAAGCGCUUGCCUCGGGGCAUCGACAUAAUGCAGGAACUGAUGUCACAGCUGCUUUGGAUCCUAACCUGUGCUUGGCACAGUUAGCCCAUGCAGCAAAUUCUGCCAACGCCCAGCAGUCUCAGAAGUUACAACAGCAGCAACAGCAACAGCAACAAUUGUCUUCACUGGGUGUAAUCAAUCCGCUACUGUCUCCCAUGUUAGCUGGUGCUUCAUUGGAGGGUUUGACAAUCAACACUCCGUCUACUACGACCGCCUCUGGUGCGAAUGCUGGUUCAUUGCCACCGGCACCCAUUGGUUACCGAGGUAGUAUCACCACUGGACAAUCUGCUCAACAGAUCCAAUUACAGCAACAGCAGCAGCAGCAACAACAACAACAGCAAGCUCAUCAAAAGCAACAUUUGUUAGCCAAAUACUCAAUACCAUCAGAUUUCAUGACUAAUCGGCCUGGUAUGUCAAAUCAACCUAGUGAUGCCGCUCUGCACGCAAAUGCCAUGUCUUUAGCAAACCAAGCAAAGUCUGACCGUUUAUCCGAAGCAGCUGCCCUAAUGGCUUCGAUCGGUGUCAGUAAUGCGUCGCCGGCAUUACUCAACGCUGCUGUUCUACAGGCUGGUUUGGCGUCGGUUGCAGCCGCCGCAGCAGCCGCCAAUACAACGAGUACCAGUUCCUCUGCUUCGGUGAGCGCCUCAUCCCCGGUUGCGCUCACAGCGGUGCUUGCUCCUUAUGCCACUGACCUUAGUCAGUUUAAUUAUUUGAAUACUGCUACCUUGGCUGCUGCAAUUCAGCAGCAGCAGCAACAACAACAACAGCUACAAAAGAUGAAUGCAGCGGCUAACAGUUCGGCUUCCCCACGUACUCGCGCCAGUCCGGCCGGAUCUGCAGGCUCGGCAACCUCGUCGAACGUGUCCUCACAAAUGAACGCCUCCGUUCGUCGUUUCUUUUGA